AAACGAAGGGGGGCUCAGUCUUCGGUAAAGCUGCUUCACUGACCUUUCUUCCUCCUCGAAAGAUGAAAACUGUUAAGGCCAUUAAUCGUUGACACCCACUGAAAAUAUGCGUAGAAGCUCACGGGGUGUAUGCUAUCAGUUCCAGGAAAAUGGUCACUGCAAUUACGGUUCGGGUUGCAAGUUCUCUCACCCUGGCGGCUCACGACCGGUAUCAAGCAGAGGGAGGCAACUACAUCUUCUCCCGUACCAUCAGCGCAGAGCAGAGCAGGAUUUAGACGCAAUCUCGGCUUUUUUCACCCAGUAUCCAGACUUUCCCUAUGAUCUCAAGAGGAGCGUGGCGGAGGAGUUUUAUCGCAUGUGCGACUUCUUUGCUUGGGACAAGGACUGUGAGGAACGUAAACAAGCUCGUCGGAUAUUCAACGACGCCCUGGUCAUACGAUUUAAUGGCUUGUACGGUACCGAUGUCGCUGACAUCGAGAACUGGCAUAAGCUUUGUGUAGCCCUCUACAUUGAGCCAUUGCCUGACACUAUUCCUCACUGCAAGAAGAAGAUAAAGACGAUUCACGUCAAUCUUGUAGAUCUGGUGGACGUCUCGCGAGAUGCAGUCGAGCUCUUUCCUUCUCUCGAAGAGUUGAGGGAGUAUACUAUUGGUAGCGGAAAGUUUUUCCCAAAGAGAUCCGCCUAUGCUGGUGGGGUUCUGAAAUUCCUGCUACGCGAGAUCUUGUGAUCCUCGUACGGGUGAGACAGUACGCAAGGAAUAUCAAAGCACGUACACAUAGUUUGCGAUCGACCACAGUAUGCUGGAAGUUUUGUAGAGUAUCCAUGUAGUUGCAGUACCAUCCAUUCGGCAAG